UUUUGUUUUUUUUCCUCCCUCCAGAUGAAGAACGCAGACUAUUUCUCCAACUACGUGACGGAGGACUUCACCACAUACAUCAACAGGAAGAGGAAAAACAACUGCCAUGGCAACCACAUCGAGAUGCAGGCGAUGGCCGAGAUGUACAACAGACCGGUGGAGGUGUACCAGUACAGCACAGAGCCAAUCAACACGUUCCACGGCAUCCACCAGAACAACGACGAGCCAAUCAGAGUGAGCUACCACCGCAACAUCCACUACAACUCGGUGGUGAACCCCAACAAGGCCACGAUCGGGGUCGGACUGGGCCUGCCCGCCUUCAAACCAGGGGUACCCACCACAG